UCUGGCAUUCACUGGAAACCUUCCAACCUAUCCGCAGGUCAGGCGAGACCAGCUCUGUCGCCGGAAUUCGGAACUACUUUCCUGCUUCAGCAGCAUGAGGCUUUUUUUGUGGAACGCGGUGCUGACGUUGUUGGUCACUUCUUUGAGUGGGGCUCUGAUCCCUGAACCAGAAGUGAAGAUUGAGGUGCUCCAGAAGCCGUUCAUCUGCCAUCGCAAGACCAAAGGGGGAGAUUUGAUGUUGGUCCACUACGAAGGCUAUUUAGAAAAGGAUGGCUCCUUAUUUCACUCCACUCACAAACAUAACAAUGGCCAGCCCAUUUGGUUUACAUUGGGCAUCCUGGAGGCCCUCAAAGGUUGGGACCAGGGCUUGAAGGGAAUGUGUGUAGGAGAGAAGAGAAAGCUCAUCAUUCCUCCUGCCCUCGGCUAUGGAAAAGAAGGAAAAGGUAAAAUUCCCCCAGAGAGUACACUGAUAUUCAACAUUGAUCUCUUAGAGAUUCGAAACGGACCAAGAUCCCAUGAGUCAUUCCAAGAAAUGGAUCUUAAUGAUGACUGGAAACUCUCUAAAGAUGAGGUUAAAGUGUAUUUAAAGAAGGAGUUUGAAAAGCAUGGCGCAGUGGUGAAUGACAGUCAUCAUGAUGUUUUGGUGGAAGAUAUUUUUGAUAAAGAAGAUGAAGACAAAGACGGAUUUAUAUCUGCCAGAGAAUUUACAUAUAAACAUGAUGAGUUAUAAAGAUACAUCUGCCCAUUUUAUACGGCAUCCAUCCUUAAAGACAGGACGACCAUUUUAAAAGAAAGUCUUAUUUUCUUGUUCUGUUUUUGUUUUUAUAUGUUUUUCUGAAUAUUGUUUGAAGAACCCCUUAGGAUUCCUAAGUGUCCAUUUCUUUCUGGUGAGUUAUUGGGAAGAAAAAAUUAAUUUGUCUUUGAAUAGAAGACUGCUGGACUAUCUUCCACUUUCACAUAUGAAGCCUUAUGUUUUACUUGCUUACUUGUAAUUUUAAAAUAUUGCCGUCGGGAUCAUGCCAAACAUUAAGACCAAGUUAUAGCACAAAUCAGCACCCUCUCUUUCUACUUCCCUCAGUGUUCUCUGUGUUAGAUACUGACAUUUGAGAAACCUUUUGCAAUAGCCUGAGGCUUACUGUUUUUCAUGUUAUAAUGAAACAGUGUGUCUGUGACUGCCUGUGAGUCUCUGCUUGAGGAAAAGAGGAAAAUAGACGUUGAUUUGGGCUUGUGAACAGUUAUUGCUCUACUGAGAUGUGUGAUGCCAAGAUGAGUAACAAAGUUAAUAACUUAUAAGUAUGUAUACAUUGAAACAUUCUGCCCAGGACUUAAGUUAAAUAAGCUUUGGUUUUUACUGACUAAUAACCUAUAAUGAGAAAUAGGACAAAUUAUGUGCCUGGUUCUUUGUAAUAAUGUGUCAAAAUAUUGUUGCUGAGGUAGAGUUGUUUCCAAUCAGUGUUUAAGUCUAGCAGAUUACCCUUCCUGGUGUAUUAAUGAAUAAAAUCUAUUACUAAUGUAUUGUACUACAAUAACAUUGUAUCAUUAGAGAAAUUAGAAAGCCAAUAGAAAAUUUCCCAUUUCUGCUCAUCAAAAAAUGACGUGGACCCACAGCUGCUACUAUUUAUAGAAAUAUCUCCUGGGUCAAAAAAUGGAUGAUUUUAUAAUUUUACCUGAAAUCGGCUUUUAUCCUUUUCCUUUAAAAAAGCUCCCAAAUCUAUUUACUAAGAAUAGUUCUUUAUCAUUUACAAAGUGAUCUCAAGUGCCUCAUUGUCUUUGAUUUUCAUUGCUCUGAGCCCUGUGAAAAAAGCAGGUGGAUCUUAAUGUACCUAUUUUAUAGAUGAGGACAUUAUCCUUCAAAAAGGCGGAUUGUUUUGCCCGAGGUCAACAGCUAACUUGUGCAAACAGAUCUGGGGUCCCCAAGUUCAGUAUCUUUGUAUUGCCCUCUACUAUUGAAAAAGCAAAACUUGCCUUUGAACUCA